AUGAACCAGACCUUUGGUGUAACGGUCAUAGUGGUGACCCACUAUCCUGGCGUUGCCCACCAUACCAACCGGGUAGUCCACAUUCGCGAUGGCCGGAUCAGUUCCGAGAGCUUCAUGCAAACAACCUUUCGACGGGCUGAUGAUUUAGUGCAGCAGGAAUACCUGGUAGUGGACCGGGUAGGCCGCCUGCAACUUCCACCGGACUACGUCGAACAGAUGCGAAGGAACGGCUUGGCUGGCCUGGCAUCGGCAGAUUUCGCGGACGGACAGGUAACUAUACGUCCCGCUGGCAGGCCGGACGCAGGCCCAACACCGGUUCAAGCGCAGCUCGAAACCGAGCCCCAGGUAGAUUUGCUGGGCGAUAUAAAGGCCGAAUCGCCCCCAGAGAUUAUGCAGGAACAGACCCAGGUACAGGAACAGGGACUUGCAAAGGAGCCUUUGCAGGACCCGUUGCAGGAACCAAUUCAGGAAACGGUCCAAGAACCAGCGCAGGAACGAGCGCAGGAACCCGAGCCCGACCCCCACGCCCUGUUCCGCAGGCCAUCCAGAGAAGGUGCGGACGACUAG